CCAUCAGGUUUGUGAUUAUGGAAUUAUGCUUCGAAAGAUGAAAGUGCUGUUGACUCUCAGAACAUGGAGUUUUCGGUGAGGUUUUCGGAUGAUAAGUUCCUGGAGCUGAUUACGGCCUCCCUUGACAAUUUCGAUUAUCCUGAAUAACAUGAGAUUAGACUUGUUUGAUUCUCUUAUUAGGUAAGCACGAGCUCAUGUUUGCCGUCUACGAUCUGAGUAUAUCGAAUCCUUUGAGCGGAAUUCACUUUGCCCAUUGCACAUGCAUUUUAUUUUGGAGUCGCGAGGGUAUCCACGAAAGAUUCUAAAAUCCAUCACUUCCGAGAAAGAAAGACGAGCUUCAAAUGCAGCCGUGUGUAUACCUUUAGUUCUAGCCUUGGCAUCGUUUGAGCCAAACCAAGAAGUGAAUACCUCCAACCCGAUCAUAGAAGUAUGUGUUUCGAAGUUGGAUCCCGCGACGUGCUUUUCCACUCACCCCAUACAUCACGAGAGUGCGGUCGAGAUGGUCACUACAACAUGGCCCCUCAAGAUCAAGAUGAUGCAUCGAGCAGCUGAAGGAUGAGCGAUCCGUGGACCCGUACUUCGUACUGUACCGGGAAAUCCCUACAGUUGCGUCUAGACAUACUC